GCCAAAUUAAAAUUGACGAAAACGAAAAAACACAAACAACAAACGCUAUCUAGCACACACAGCCAGAAUUACAGAGAGAUACAGAACGUUGAAAGACCAGUUACUGAUCAAGGCAAGCCCGAAUCCCUAAUUCGCUAUCCCUCUUCAUGAUCACGAUCUCAUUGUAUUCCUCCCUGUUUAGGUCUUCACUUCUCUGCUGGAAAAAAGGAUCAAUUUGGAGUUGGAGAUAAGAAAAGGAAAGAACCACUUUGAGACAACAACUUUGGGUAUAAAAGUUGGAAUCAUGGAGAAAAAGUGAAAAUAAGUUUUGCAUUGUUUAUGCUAACAGACAGCAAAGGGGUUUAUGGUGCAAGAGAAACUGCCAUGCUGAAUGUUGCUACCAGUUGGUGGGUUGGAGAUGAAUUCCACAAUGGACGAUAUGAACUUGAUUCAGGAGGCACAGAGGCAUCACCUGGUGGUCAGGGAGCUUGGAGAAGAGAUUGAUUUGGAAAUCGGACCUGGAGAUGAUGACCCUUCUUUUGCUAACUCCCCUCUGAUUGGUGGCCCUCCCCGAGAACCGUCUGCUCGAGAGAAUGAUGAAACUAAGCAAAUGGUAAUGGUUUCUCACCUCCCACCUGAUGAUCAAGAUUUGUCCAAGUCACAAACGGUAAAAAGGAAGAAAAAGGUGGUGAAAAGAUGGAGAGAAGAAUGGGCUGAUACUUACAAAUGGGCGUAUGUUGAUGUAAAAGAAGGCACAGCCAGGAUUUUUUGCUCUGUUUGUAAGGAUUAUGGUAGAAAGCAUAGAAGGAAUCCAUAUGGCAAUGAAGGCAGUAGAAACAUGCAGAUGAGUGCCUUGGAAGAACACAACAAUAGUUUGCUUCACAAAGAGGCUCUUCGUCUUCAGAUGGCUUCCAAAGAUAAGAUUAUUGUUGAUAAGCCCAUUUUUGUAAAAGCUCUCAUGUCAAAAACUGCUGGAUCUAUUGUUGAAGCUGCCUUGAAAAGGGAUCCUCAUGAGGUUGAGUUUAUACAGUCAGUGCAAGAAGCUGUUCAUGCUUUAGAAAGAGUGAUUGCAAAAAACAAUCAUUAUGUCAACAUCAUGGAGCGGUUGUUAGAACCUGAGCGUAUGAUUCUCUUUCGAGUUCCUUGGGUAGAUGACAGGGGUGAGACACACGUCCAUCGAGGCUUCCGGGUACAAUUUAACCAGGCAUUGGGCCCAUGCAGAGGUGGCUUCCGUUUUCAUCCCUCAAUGAACUUAAGUAUAGCCAAAUUUCUUGGUUUUGAGCAGACAUUAAAGAACGCAUUAUCACCUUACAAAUUAGGAGGGGCAGCAGGUGGUAGUGAUUUUGAUCCUAAAGGAAAAAGUGAUAAUGAGAUUAUGCGCUUUUGCCAAAGUUUCAUGAAUGAGGUCUGCCGGUACUUGGGGCCUGACAAGGACCUUCCUUCUGAAGAUAUGGGCGUUGGUACUAGAGAAAUGGGUUAUCUCUUUGGGCAGUAUAGACGUCUAGCUGGCCAUUUUCAGGUAAGUUUUACCGGACCAAGGAUAUUCUGGUCUGGCUCUAGCCUUCGAACUGAAGCUACUGGAUAUGGGCUUGUUUUCUUUGCCCAGCUUAUGCUUGCAGAAAUGAAUAAAGAACUCAAAGGACUAAGAUGUGUUGUAAGUGGUUCUGGAAAGAUUGCUAUGCAUGUUCUAGAGAAGCUUAUUGCCUAUGGCGCUCUUCCAAUUACAGUAUCUGAUUCAAAGGGAUAUUUAGUGGAUGAUGACGGGUUUGACUACAUGAAAAUAUCAUUUCUGAGAGAUAUUAAAUCCCAGCAGAGAAGUCUGAGAGACUAUUCGAAGACUUAUGCUCGGUCUAAAUACUAUGAUGAAGCAAAACCUUGGAAUGAAAGGUGUGACGUUGCAUUUCCUUGUGCUUACCACAAUGAAAUCGAUCAAUCUGAUGCCAUUAAUUUGGUUAAUUCAGGUUGUCGUAUAUUGGUAGAAGGUUCAAAUAUGCCCUGCACCCCUGAAGCUGUUGAUGUUCUAAGAAAAGCUAAUGUUCUUGUAGCUCCUGCAAUGGCUGCUGGUGCUGGAGGGGUUGUUGCUGGAGAACUUGAACGAAAUCACGAGUGUAAUGAAAUGCAGUGGUCACCUGAAGAUUUUGAAUCUAAGCUACAGGAAGCAAUGAAACAGAUAUACCAGAGGGCCCUCAAGGCAGCAGCAGAUUUUGGUUAUCAGAAAGAGAGUCCUGAGGCUUUGGUGCAUGGAGCAGUGAUCUCUGGCUUUCUCUCUGUAGCGCAAGCUAUGACGGAUCAAGGCUGUGUAUAGGACACAAUGACUGUACAAUUAUUUUUAUAUUACCUCAAGGCUGGGUCAUGUUUUAUCUGCUUCUGAGUGACUGUAACAUUGUGCAUGCCUCGUCAAAGUACCGAAGAUUAGUCUGUAAUGGCAUGUGGUUACCUGAUCCAUACUGUGUGAGGAAGUAAGAUUGAACAAGGAUUUUUCUGUAGCAUGUGUAAUUAUAUAUAGCAGUGAUAUGAAGAAAUGAUUGAUUGGAGAUGGAUUGGAACUGAGUAUAUGUACUUUUAAUGGUGGAAUAGGGAAGGGACUAGAUUAUGAACUGGUGUUAAUGUCUUUUUCUUGGCCAUUGAAGAUACAAUCUUGUCAAUAAAAAGAGAUUGAAAUAA